CCACCACAUAAAAGAUGUCGGGUGGUUGAAAGAAAGCAUUUGAAACUUGAUUUAAAUUCUACCAUAGAGAAGAACAAUGAGGUUGUUUAGCUGUUUGAUCGUAGCAGUAAUGCAUGUAUAUAGUGGAGCUGUAAUUGAUGCAAGUCACUGUGUCCGCAAAUGUACAGUUGAUGAUAGCACUGAUGAAUGCUGGACACAAUCUCUGGCCUACUUUACUUCAGCCAUGCAUGAUGCAGUAAGAGACUAUGCUAGUGCCCUGAUAACAAUAGGGCGAUGGAGAGAGAGGAAUCAUGAUGUGGUGCCAGUCAACUUUGAGAAGAGCCUCAUCUAUGAUAUUGCAAUGAGAGAUCUUGAACCUUUAUCUAAGCAGGACCUUCUGGAAGUGUAUACGUUAAUUUUAAAUAAGACUAUUCAUGCAUAUGGUCACUUCACACAAGAAGAGGCAGUUCAUCUCCCAUCAUUUCAAUGUCCGAUUCCAUGUAACUAUGACAACACACUUUGGAUUACCUUAUUUGGACUGAUGGUAGCAAUAUUGAUGUGUGUAUUAUUAGUAAUAGGGUGUUACAUGUGGAAAAACUAUGAUGCUCAAAAGCCAGGAGGUCCUUUAAUACAAAUGACCAGAUACCAGGGUGAUUGAAUGUACUGAUUAAUGGUUGAAUUUGAAUGCUACAAUAUGGUUGAAU